GGUCCUUAUUCCUUAAACGGCUAUCGAGUGAGGGUCUACAGACAAGACUCUGCCACCCAGUGGUUCACUGGAAUAAUAACUCACCAUGACCUUUUCACCCGCACUAUGAUUGUUAUGAAUGACCAGGUUCUAGAGCCACAGAAUGUUGAUCCUUCUAUGGUUCAGAUGACCUUUCUAGAUGAUGUUGUAUACUCGUUGUUAAAAGGUGAAAAUAUUGGCAUCACGUCCCGCCGCAGGUCGCGCUCCAAUCAGAAUAGCAACACAAUUCAUGGUCAUUAUACACGUGCACAAGCAAAUAGUCCCAGACCCGUGAUGAACCCUCAGAGCUCCACAAAACAGAAUCAGCACCGCAACGCCCGUUUAAACAAGAGGAAAGGUUCUGACAGCAGCAUGCCCGAUGAAGAUAGGAUUAAAGAAGAAAGAUUUGAUGGUACUGCUAGAGGAGAAAAUGUAAAAAGGAACAAACAUUUCCACAGCAAAAGGAGGAAACCUGAGGAGGAUGAGAAGAAAUUAAUUCUGAAAAGACUGCGCCCAGACAAUAUUUCUGACUACUCUGAGAGCAGUGACUCAGAAAAUUCAAAUAAAAGGAUAAUAGAUUCUUCCUCAGAGCAAAAUUCUGAGAAUGAGUUGAAAAGCAAAAACACUUCAAAGAUAAACGGAGACGAAGGAAAAUCCCAAAGUAGCGAGGGGGCUGAGGAACAGACACUAAUAGAUAGGCAUUCUCACUGGGACAAGAUACAGGAGGAUAAAAAGCAUCAAGCUGAAGCAGAGAGGCUGAAGCCAGCUGACUUGCCGCUCCAGAAAGAAAGCCCUCAAUUUCUCCUAUCCGAACAGACAGCACUUUAUGAGCAGAAUUCCAAUAAGCCACAGGCUCCAGAUAGCGUGGUCGAGAGGAACACUACGGAACUCUUACAGAUUGAGCCGCUGAUCAGUAAGCCUCCCACGCCAAAAAAUUCUAUUGUCUUAACUAAUGAAAACAGUUUGGACAAAGCAUCCCAGGAAAGCAUUUCAAGUAAGUUUAACACACAGCCCGCUGCCAAGAAGGAGCUGCAAGUCAGCGACCCGAAACAGCCGUUUGGCACCGUCGGUUUUUCCAGUACGAAGAAGCAGGAUUCUGAGCAUGGUUGGAAUGAUGCUUCCAAUAAAGCCGACUUGGCACUUUCCGGGGUGUUAAAAACACCCCAGUUGGUUAAUAAGGAGAUUAACGAUCGGGAUAAGAUCCACCAUACCUCAGUUAUUGGUAGCACAUCCUUAACUGACGAACAGAAGAGGCUUCAAAAACAGACUAUGGACGCUCUUAAGGCAAAGCCGCACGUGCCAGAGUCCUCUAGUAAAAUAAAGUAUAAUUCUUCUCCAGAUGUUUUAAAAACGCGGCCUGUCCAUUCUCCGGAUCCAUUAAAACUUAAAGCCACCUAUCACAAUAGCCAGAGUUCUGGGAUUGUGAGGACCUCAAGCAAAAUGGACUGCGACAUUCACAGGUCUAGUUUUCAUCCGGUGGUCGCACGAGUGAGCACUAUAGAAUCUACUAAGAGCCCACUCAUUAUUGACAAAAAUGAACAUUUUACAGUUUACAGGGACCCAGCGCUUGUUGGACCAGAGACUGCAGCUAACCACAUUUCUCCUUAUUUGCACCAGCACAAUUUUGCUCUUCAUUCUCCAGCUCAUCGAGCAUGUUUACCUCCAAACAGCCACCACCCAGCACUAACCGCUAACCCUCAUAUGUUAACAUCGUCCUCAAACCAAACGCCUAUGACUGCUAUUAGUGCUCAUCCGUUGGGCAGCACAUCGCAUCAUUCAGUCCACCAUCCUCACUUACUACCUACGGUGCUACCUGGUAUGCCUCCUGGCUCUUUGCUAGGGGGGCAUCCCCAGCUAGAGACUGCACAUGCCAGCAGCCUUAGCCACUUGGCUCUUGCACAUCAGCAACAGCAGCAAAUGUUACAGCACCAGCCACCUCAUCUCCUCAGCCAAGCUCACCCUCCAGCUUCGUAUAACCAGUUGGGACUUUAUCCAAUCAUCUGGCAGUAUCCAAAUGGAAGCCAUGCUUACUCUGGCCUUGGCCUGCCUUCUUCAAAGUGGGUGCAUCCUGAGAAUCAUGUCAAUGCAGAGGCCUCCAUUAGAAGGAGUACUGCAAGCCCAUGGUUACACCAGCCAACACCUGUGACUUCAGCAGAUGGUCUCCUGAUGGGUCACCUUCCUGUACGUCCCUCCAGUGCUGACCCUCACCGACCGCUCAAACUGUCUGCACAUUCAAGCCCUCCCUUAUCUAAACCAUCAGCAGAUCACCACAAAGAAGAUUUAGAGAAGAAAACCUACAGUGAACCCUUACGCUCAGUUACUUCAGCACCAGUGAAGAAUGAGCAUGAGCACAACCGGAUACAUUCGGGUAAAGAUAGCCAUACCCACAGACUUUAUAUGGAACCUGUUCUGAGCCACACCAAGAUGCAACGGUCAUCACUGGAGACCGCAGAGCGUCCAAACAAAUACAAGGAGGAACACCGAAGGAUCCUACAGGAAAAUAUUGAGGCUACUGCGUUUUCAGUGAAAAUGAAAGCACAUGAAAAUGAACGGGAAAGCUAUAGUAGAGUAACCCCUAUUGUGUCUUGCAGCCCCAAAAGCCACUUGGUAAAGCAUGAAAACAAUGUGGAGCGCCCUAUCUCAGAUCUAUACAAGAUGAAAACAUCAGUCUCUCAAAGUCUGCCCCAAAGUAAUUAUUUUACCACUUUAUCCAACAGUGUGGUGAACGAGCCACCAAGGUCAUUUGCACCCAAGGAAGCUGUAAAUGUUUUCUCUGAAAAGCAAAAUGUCAGCCCUUCUUCGACUAAUUCUUCUGCUAUUAAUUCCUAUUUGUCCAAACCACCACCUUUAAUUAAGCACCAACCUGAGGAUGGACCAAGCAGUAAACUAAAUGAGCAGCUUCCUCAGCAGAUGGCAACUCACACAAUUACAUCCUACAGAGGAGACAGUAGAAGCCCUACCCAAUUGUCCAUCACGUCUUCAAACACACUCCGAAGCAUGCCUGCCUUACACAGAGCACCUGUAUUCCAUCCUCCGAUCCACCAUAGCUUGGAGAGGAAAGAAGGAAGUUACAGUAAUCUUUCUCCACCCACCUUGACUCCAGUGCAGCCUGUAAGUACUGGAGGAAAGAUCCAGGAGCUUCAGAAACCACCUACCCUUGUCCCUGAGCCUAAGGAAGGUGCUACAACUUACAAGAAGAAUGCAGAGAAGGUCAUCCAGGAAGUAUGGAAAAGCAGCGAAAAGCAAAACCACAGUAAAAUUGACUGGCUGCCAGAAAAAAAUAAUGUGAAGGUACCGUCUGCAACCGCAUCUGUCAUUGUACGCCCACCAUCUAGUGCAAAGUAUGAUAACACGCCAGUAACUCAGGCUCUCUCCAAGGAUAGAGCUGGCGAAAGCUUCUCAGCUGGAAUCAAUCAACCUGAUUGCUCAAAGACCAUGGAAGCCAGAGAGACUGUAAGGAUUGGCCAGCCAAUUAUGAACUCAGACAGCACUCAUGUGCUGUUUGAGAAGAACUCUCACGCUCCUUCACACAGCAUUCCCAGUUUGUCUGCACCUGGAUCUAAUAUAAUGUGCAGUACAAAAACUGACGUGACCACCUCUGCCCCCACAACCACAAGUGUUUCGAGUUGCAGCGGAUCAGAAGUAACUUAUUCUUUAUCCAAUGCUGUCCCAGUCUGUACAAUGAUAGAAAGCACCAGUUCAUUGCCGGCAAGCCAAACCGCGGUACAACCUCAAGAGAGCAUUGUCAGCGCCUUAGCUUUAGCCACUCCAGCAAGUAGCAAGCCAGCAGUUCAGCCCAAUGCAUUGUAUCCCACGUCAAGUGAUUUCAUCCAUUUAAAAAAGCACAAGGCUGCCCUGGCUGCAGCCCAGUUAAAAAGCACUAAUGCAGUCGAUACAGAAACUAGUGCUGUGAAAACCCAAACUGUGCCACCUUCAGGCUCUCCAGAUAGCAGCACACCCUGCAGCUCCACAAACUCAUCAAGUUCUGUAGGCAAUGGGCAAGCCUCCCAAUGCAGCCAGCCAAAUUAUCACACGAAACUUAAAAAGGCAUGGCUUACUAGACAUUCAGAAGAAGAUAAAAACACCAACAAUAAGCCGGAAAAUGCUGGCAGCUCAAUAGUGUCUGAAAUCAUUAAGCCCUGUACUGUAAAUUUGAUUGCUUCGACCUCUAGCGAGCUGCAGAAUAACCUGGAUCUUCGAGCCCAGGACGACAAGUCUCCCAAGGAGGAUAGGCUUACAAGGAGGAGGGUGAAAAGGACUUAUGAAUCUGGCUCGGAAAGCGAGGACUCAGAUGAAAGCGAGAGCAAGUCUGGACAAAGGCUGAAACGUCAGCCCAAGCCAACAUACAAAAAGAAGCAAAAUGAUAUGCAAAGGCGAAAAGGUGACACAGACAAAGAGGACGAAAUAAAACCCAAUGGUAUUCUUAGCCGGAGUGCCAAGGAAAAAAGCAAACUAAAGUUACAGAGCAACAGUACCAGCUCUGGCAUACCUCGUUCAGUAUUAAAAGACUGGAGGAAAGUGAAGAAACUCAAGCAGACUGGGGAAUCCUUCUUGCAGGAUGACUCUUGCUGCGAGAUUGGGCCAAAUAUACAGAAGUGCAGAGAAUGCCGACUGAUCCGCACCAAGAAGGGCGAUGAGUCCACCCACUCUCCGGUUUUUCUGCCGAUUUUAUUACUUCCGAAGGUUAUCAUUCAGUAAAAACGGGAUUGUUAGAAUAGAUGGAUUCUCAUCGCCUGACCAGUAUGAUGACGAUGACGAAGCACUGAGCUUAUGGACACAUGAGAACUAUGAAGAUGAUGAUUUAGAUCUGGAUUCCAUAAAAUACGUCUUGGGCUACAUUGGAGAUAAAUUCUGUCAGAUGGUGACGUCUGAAAAAGCUGCUAUGUCCUGGGUGAAAAAAGAUGUGAAAAUAGCCUGGAAGAGAGCAGUGCGCGGUGUGCGUGAGAUGUGCGAUGCUUGUGAAGCCACCUUGUUUAACAUCCACUGGGUUUGCCAGAAAUGUGGAUUUGUGGUCUGUCUGGAUUGUUACAAAGCGAAGGAACGGAAAAGUUCUCGAGAUAAGGAACUGUACACUUGGCUGAAAUGUGUCAAAGGGCAACCUCACGAUUACAAGCACCUGAUGCCCACACAGAUUAUUCCAAGCUCAGUUCUCACUGAUCUUCUGGAAGCAAUGCACAGUCUCCGAGACAAAUUUGGGAUUAGGUCACACUGUCAGUGUGCCAUUAAACAGCAUUCACAGGUUGGCAAGCUACCUACACUGAAUGGCGUAUCACAGGUGCUGCAGAACGUUCUCAAUCACAGUAACAAGAUAUCUCUCAGCUUGCCUGAAUCACAGCAACAGAAUUCUCCUCAAAAACCGGAAACCAACGGUAAUGUGAGCCCUGGAAGUGACAGCAGCACGGAUAGUAAGCUGGCAUCCCCCGAAUCCCAUUCCUCGCUGCAUUGGCUAGCAGACCUGGCUGAACAGAAGGCCAGAGAAGAAAAAAAAGGAGAAUAAGGAGUGUCCAGUGGGAAAACAUAUCAAGGACGAACAAGAUGGUAACGAUAGUGUAAACUGCAAAUCCUCAUCACCCCCCACUCAGACCAACGAACAAGGCUCCACACUGAGAGACCUCCUGACCACCACUGCUGGAAAGCUGCGUCUGGGAUCCACUGAUGCCGGCAUUGCCUUUGCACCUGUUUACUCUGUAGGAAAUCCAAGUGGUAAGGGUGGAAGGUCCAUGCCAAACAUCUUGGAUGACAUCAUUGCCUCAGUGGUUGAAAACAAGAUUCCUGCCACAAGACCACCUAAACUCAGCAUAAAAACCGAGCCAAAGGAGGAAAUUCCCGAGAGCCGCAAGAUGUCCCAGGAUGAGAAUGCAAGGACUUACAGUGAUAUUCCGCAUUCUUGGAUCUGUGAUCGGCACAUUCUAUGGUUAAAGGAUCAUAAACAUAACUGCAACUGGAAGCUCUUCAGAGAGUGCUGGAAACAGGGCAAGACUGUUCUGGUUUCUGGGAACCAAAAGAGAAUGAAUGCAGGCUUCUGGAAGUCAGAAGUAAUAUGCCAUGACUUUGGGGACCAUCAAGGGGACCUUCUGAACUGCAAGGAGGGCAUUGUGUCUAGUGGAAAUGUCACAGAGUUCUGGGACGGCUUUGAGGAUGUAUCCAAACGUCAAAAACUGAAAAAUGGAGAAACGAUUCUUCUGAAGAUGAAAGACCAGCCUUCAGGAGAUGACUUUAGGAACAUGAUGCCAGCAAGACAUGAAGACUUCUUUAGAAUGCUGCCAGUCCCAGAAUACCUCAACCCAGAAGGGAAGUUCAACUUGGCGUCUCACAUGCCAGCAUUCUUUGUGCGCCCAGACUUAGGCCCCAGGAUGUGCAGUGCAUAUGGCGUCAUUGCUACAAAGGAUCAAGAUAUCGGCACAACAAAUCUUCACAUUGAAGUUUCAGAUAUGGUGAACAUUCUAGUGUAUGUCGGUGCAGUAAGAGGCAAUGCAUCAGCAACUAAGUCAGCCGUUUUAAAGAAGUUUGAGGAAGAGGAGUUAGAUGAAAACAUAAGGAAGAGACUGAAGGAUGCCAGCGAGCUUCCCGGAUCCCUUUGGCACAUUUAUGAGACAAAAGACGCAGACAAAAUCAGGGACUUUCUACACAAGGCUGCAAAAGAGCAGUGUCUUGAAAUCCUUCCUGAUCACGACCCAAUACGAGAUCAGAACUGGUACCUAAAUAAGAAACUCCGCCAAAGUCUCCUGGAGGAUUAUGGGGUGAAGAGCCACACACUUGUUCAAUUCCUCGGUGAUGCUGUCAUCUUGCCUGCAGGAGCUAUCUAUCAGGUGCAAAAUUUUCACAGCUGCAUCCAAGUCACUCAAGACUUUGUGUCCCCAGAACAUCUUGUUCACUCAUUUCAUUUAACACAAGAGCUUAGGAUUUCUAAAGAAGAAAUCAAUUUUGAUGAUAAACUACAGGUUAAAAACAUCUUGUACCACUCUGUGAAAGAAAUGGUACGGGCAUUGAAGAUCCAUGAAGAAGAAAUGGAAGACAUGGAGGAAUCCUGA